CUCAGCGAGACUCGCUAAAACGUGCGUAAAAGUGAGUUAAAGCAGCGGUGUAAUGCACACAGUACCCGGUGUGUCUCUUUAAGGCGAUGUGCGUCAGGUUCAGGUCGGGGUCACUCGGAGUUCCUGCCCCCCGUGUUACCUCUUGGUUCUUCAUUCGGCUCUCCUGACAUCAGAGGGGCGACACUACAACACCCAGGGACGCUCAGAGCCUCCGCUAUCACCUCUGUGCGCCUUUUCGCGCUCAACUCACCCAACAGCCGAGGAAAUCGCUGGUGGAAAAAAAAACAUAGGAGGAAUCUGUUGCUGGUCGAGGGACGCGAUUUUUUUGAUCGGAGGGGAUGCGAACAAAACGAAGAGGAGGGGCAGAGAUAGCGAGAGAGAAAGAGGGAGGGAGAGAGAGCGAAGGAGAGAGAGAAAGGGGUGGGUGGGAGGGCGGACGUAAGGAGCAACAAGAAAUUCAUAUCAAUUAAUAAUAAAAGGAGUUGGCAGACGUGCCUGGAAAACUGGCAUGGUUUUUGGAGGCUGGCAGAUGAGAGUUGAACGUCAGAUAUGACUCCAAAAGACUAUUGAGAUGAUCAUUAAGGGAGACUUAGAUCGGAUGGCAGCAGAGAUCGGGCAUGCAGGUGGCAGUCUGAAGACGAUGCUGGACGCCAUGGAAGUUCCAAGUCACGCUAGGCACCUCCUCCUGCAGCUCAACAGCCAGCGCACCAAGGGCUUCCUCUGCGAUGUCAUCAUCGUGGUGCAGAACGCUCUCUUCCGAGCCCACAAGAACAUCCUGGCCGCCAGCAGCCUCUAUCUCAAGUCCCUGGUCGUCCACGACAACCUCAUCAACCUGGACCACGAGAUGGUGAGCCCGGGGGUCUUCCGUGUCGUCCUGGACUACAUCUACACGGGCCGUCUCUGCGACGGGGACCCCGCCUCCCCGGCCGAGCCCAACCUGGCCGCCGUGCUGGCCGCCGCCAGCUACCUUCAGCUGCUGGACCUGGUGGCGCUGUGCAAGAAGAAGCUCAAGAGGAACGGCAAGUACCCCCCGCGCCAGGCCCCCAUCUUCCCGUACGGGAAGAUAGGGCCCGUCGGCAUGGGGGGCAUGGGGGGCAUGGGGGGCAUGGGGGGCAUGGGGGGCGCUGCCCGGUACCGGGUCUCCACCCCGGUCAUCCAGCCCUGCCCCCCCGGCGGGGCGGUGAACAGCCACACCCCCCGCCCCCCUCCCCUGGAGGACAUGGUCCCCCGCCCGCUGGCCGUCCACGCCGGGGAGCUGUACGCGCCCUCCUCCACCCAGGGGUCCCCCGUGUUCCCCGCCCUGCUGCCCUCGCAGCUCGGCCUGCGCUCGGCGCACCCGGACAGGAACCGCUCGCCAGUCUUCGGCCUGGACCUCUCCAAGAAGAGCCCCAGCUCCCAGUCCCAGCACGCCCCGUCGCAGUCACACCUGGCCAGCGCCCCGCCCCACGGCGAGGAGCGGGAGGGCGCCCGCAGCACACGGACCAGCCCCACGCCGGGCGCCAACGGCCGGCCGUACUCGCUGGAGAAGAUGGAGACGGCGGACCAGACGGGCUCCGUCCCCCCUCCGCCCUUCCCCCACCACAACCAGCCCCUCGGCCCGCACCUCCCCCACCUCCACCGCUCCGUCUCCCAGGGCACGGACCCCUACCCGUGCCCCCCCAGCCCGGACACGCCCACCGACGCCGGAGAGCGAGCCCGGGAGAUGGGCAACAUCUACCGCUGGGUGAAGAACGAGCCGCUGUACACGGGCGAGGAGGACGAGGAGGACGAAGACGACGAGGAGGGCGGCGGGCACGGCGACCCGGACGGCCACCACCACCACCAGCACCUCAACCACCUGAAGGGCGGCGGCGAGGAGAGCGAGGGGGCCGACGACAAGAGCGGCUCGGGCAGCGAGGAGACGGGCAGCAGCGAGGGCCGCCCCUCCCCGACGGGGAACAUGAGGCGCUUCCACAUGCCCUACGAGCCCGAGAGCUUCGGGGACAACCUCUACGUCUGCAUCCCCUGCGACAAGGGCUUCCCCAGCUCGGAGCAGCUCAACGCGCACGUGGAGACGCACACGGAGGAGGAGCUGUACGGCAACUCCGGCAUGGACACGGGCAACGGCAACAGCAACUGCAAGAGCGGCGGCGGCGGCGGCGGCGGCACAACCAACGGCUACGGCGGCCUGAGCAGCGGCGGCGGCGGUCUGAACAGCCUUUCCCACCUGGAGGGCAAGGCCAGCGGGGGCGGCGGGCUGGGCGAGAUGAUCCGGCCGUACCGCUGCUCCAACUGUGACAAAUCGUACAAAGACCCGGCCACGCUGCGGCAGCACGAGAAGACCCACUGGCUCACCCGGCCGUACCCCUGCAGCAUCUGCGGCAAGAAGUUCACCCAGCGCGGCACCAUGACGAGGCACAUGCGCAGCCACCUGGGCCUGAAGCCGUUCGCCUGCGACGCCUGCGGCAUGCGCUUCACCCGGCAGUACCGCCUCACCGAGCACAUGCGCAUCCACUCCGGGGAGAAGCCGUACGAGUGCCAGGUGUGCGGCGGCAAGUUUGCGCAGCAGCGCAACCUCAUCAGCCACAUGAAGAUGCACAGCAGCGGGGGCGGCGGUGGCGGCGGCGGGCUCACUGCGGACGGCAAGCUGAAGCUGGAGUUCACCGAGGGCAUCUACCCGCUGAGCAAGUACACGGCCGAGCACCUGGGGCUGAAGCAGGAGAAGGCCAACGAGCUGCUGAUCCAAGCCCAGCAGCAGCUGGGCUUGGAUGCCAAAGUCAUGGAGAGCCUUUACCCCCUGUCCAAACUCGCCGCGGAGCACCUGGGUCUGACCCACGACAAGAUGGACGUCCUGGGGCAGCCCCUUCUCCCCCCGCAGUCGCUGUCCGAGGGCCGAACCAUCGACCGCUACUCGCCGGGCUAAGAGCGGCGUUCUGUGAGUGACAGCCACUUGUCGACGUCUCUCUCUGUGUGCACCCUUUAUCCUGCAGUAUUCAAAUGACAGUUCACCUCAGUAACUCAGUAACACUCCUGCACCUCAGAACGGGACCGAGGUAUGUGGGUCCUGUGAACCGUGUAGUCUCUCUUCAGUGCCUUCUACCACAUCCUUGAGUUAUGUAUCUCAGCGGCCCUUUGAGUUGGGGAGUAACACACUCUUUUGUGACCAAACCAAGACUUGCUCGAAGCAGUGCAGUAUUUAUGUGCAGUUUAUGCAAACAUUUCUUUUUUUUUUCUUUUUCUACUCCAGCCAAUGAGCCAAAGCAACAAAUUGAAAAUCCAAAUGAAUUUGCUUUUUAUUUAUUAUUCCAAAGUUGUGAAAUCCAAAGAGGACAGUUCUGUUGCAACCCACAAACCCCUAAACCUGUGUACUUUGUAACUGUCGUAUAUAAACCAAAAAAUGGGAAAGAAGCACAAAAAAAGGAUUCAGGGUCGCUGUCAGGACCUGAGCGCAACUUUGGAACCGAAGAAAAAGACUGCAAAGCAACAGGAGGACUUGUUCUUUUUCUUCUGGUUUCUCGAGUGGGGGGGGGGGGGGGGGGGGGGCGACUCUGGGUAGAAUAAACAUUUUGCAGCCUUCAUCGUUCUGCGUCCUUAGUCAUGCGACAGUGGCUCGCGGUGGGGGACGACCGCCACCACAGUUAAGGUAACGCAAUGUGUUGAUUACUCUCCCUCUGGUCGCGACACCUCCUUAUCUGCAAGUACAUCCACAACCACGUUACGAAAUGGUGGCUUUUAUCUCUCUGUAGACACUUUCCGUGCAGCGCUUUCCAGCUCCUCAUCAAGUACGCAUCUCCCUUUUUUUCUUUUUGCGUUCGCCUCUCCGCCACACAGACGGUGCCUUCAGGUUGUUAUUAGGAAAGCUGUGAGCAGCCCUCGCAGUGAUCUCAGAACUGGGAAAUGAUUGCACAUUCCCCGCUGAUGACACUCUAAGCCUCGUUCAAGAGUUCAGCUCGCGGCCCGGGGCUGCGCUCGCCGAUGGGCGUCGCCCUGCUGCGUUACGUCACGAACGGUGCCGUGAUGAAUGCCAGGACGGGCACAUGCAGACAGGAAGCGGUCAGGGCCGCUGGCGACAGGAAGACGGACACCUGUCGUCACUUCCCCUGUAGCAAUAACGCCACUCUUCAGCAAAGCGCGGUGGGAUUACUAGCAUUAUAGUUUUUUAUUAGUAUUUUCGGUGACCACCACUUUGCCUUGUGCCACGCCGUCAGAUCGGGGGACACCUUAGGAAGCGGUCCGUCCCUUGGUCUGACCUGCCUUCACACGCACGUUUCUCCCGUGCACGUUUGUUUUUUAAGUGCACGGCUGAGAGCGCUCGGCCGUCGUCGACGGGCCAAUAGGAGUGCUCUGAACCGUUGGUGCUGAGUGCGCCCGCACACACACACACACACACACACACACAUACACAAACACACACACACGUACGCGUGCGCACACUCAGCUGCUAAUCUGUUAAUGACACGGACACGAGGAGGAGCCUCUGGGUGCUCCUAAGCACCCACGGGUGGCCAGCCCCACACACCCCAGCUGCUGUGUCUCCUGAUCCCUGUGAAAUCUCUCCCUCUCCCUCUCUCUCUCUCUCUCUCUCUCUCUCUCUCUCUCUCUCUCUCUCUCUCUCUCUCUCCCUCUUUCUCUCUCUCUCUCUCUC